AUCUGCCUUUCCACGCUCUUCCAUACGAAAAUUACUCGAUUUACGGAGGGCCCGACUGACGGUUACAAAAUGAAACCAUUUUCUCUCCUUUCCGGCCUUCUCUUCUUCGCCGCCGUAGGUUCUGCUGCUCUGCUUGGCGGCUGGAAGCCUAUAAAGGAUUUGAAUGAUCCGCACAUCGUAGAGAUCGGGAAGUUCGCUGUAGAUGAGUAUAAUCAGAGGUCGAAGGCCGAUCUGAAGCUGGUGAAGUUGGAGAAGGGCGAACAGCAGGUGGUUUCCGGGAUGAAUUACCGGCUGAUAUUGGAAGCGAAAGAUGGACAAGCCAGCAAGAAGUAUCAGGCGGUGGUUUGGGAGAAGCCAGGAGGGAAAUCCAGGAACCUAACAUCGUUUGUCCCUGUGCAAGGGUAAUUUUGUCAAUUCUUGUGUAAUAGAGAUGUUCUGCGUUCCUGUUCAAGGGUUUCAUUGUAAGAAAAGUCGAACCAAAAAUAAUAAUAUUGUUAAUAAAUAUAAUUAUGUGUGAUCA